GAGAUCCGAGGAAAGGACCAGUUGCCAGUGUUAGCUUGGCUCUGGUGUCGUCCGCCUCGCUACGCCAUACAAACCUGUAUCACUUCACGCAUUUAUUAAAUUAAGCAUUAAUUUAAUCAUACAGUGUCACGACAUGUCCCUUAAAUUGACACUUGGUUUGUUCGUGGCGUACUUCGCCCUAGCAAACGGUGCCAGCAUUUUAGACUACCUGGACUGGGAAGGCGGCAAGAAGCUGAUAGAUGUACCAGAGCUCCGCAAUGACCAGCCGAACAGAAACUGCCUGUGCAAAGGGCCUGCGUGCGUGUGUUGCGUUGAUUUUAACAUCACAUUCGUAGAUCUCGGUGGACCUGGUUGUGUCCAUAUGAAAUAUGUAUCUCCGGAAGAAGGAUUUUCGGUGAACGUGUCUUACGGCAAAAAUCUUCUUCAUUCUUCAAAAAUACAGGGUGCCAAUCCAGCACCAAUAUGCUUGGAAGUCUUCGGGAAGUUUGCUCAGGUAUGCGCCAAGUUCAAUGACCUCGCCCCCACUGCUGAUGGACUUCGUGGCUGUCUUGAACUUGAACCAAGGCUGCUUGGAGAGUCGCAGUUGGAGUUCCCGAUCGGAUGUUUCAAGUCUACUGCUGGUGGAAUGGAAAUGGAAGAUCCUCCCGCGGAACCAGAAGAGACAACAGAAGAAAACACAACCGAAGAAAGCACAUUUGAUGUUGGAUUUCUAACGGAUUUAGUAAUAACCGCAGAAAAGGGUAUCGCUUUCUUGAGCAAUUUCCUCGAUAUACCCACGAAAAAAAAUGAAACUACGACGAUCACACCUAUUACCAGUACAUCACAAGAAAACGCACAAAGGAGAGCUCCAAAAAACAUUAAACACCCCAACCAGUUGUGAUAACCCUACCCUAAGACUAGACCUAAGUACAAAAAGGCAUUUCGUAGUUAAGCUAUUGCUUGCCAUCGUGUAAAGCUUUCUUUAAAAAAGUAAGCGCUUUAUCUUCUCCUAUUUAUUUGCUUUAAUAAUUAUAAUUGUAGUUUUACUCUUAAGUGAUGAGAAAUAAAAUAAAUUGU